AAUUUGAAAGAGUAUACUUCUUAGCACUUCAAAAGUAGAUCUGGUGUUCGAAACAAAGUUAUUUUGGUAAGCGGGUGCUACCUAGAUUUUGGUAUUUUCGAGACGGAAUUUAUAAAUGUUUUCUACCAAUAGCUAGCUAAUUGCAAAGUGAGCAGCAAAGAUGGUGCUUCACCUUGAUAAAGAGCAUGCACUGUUGGAAUGGGUUAACCACCUGAAUGUGGACCUCCCGGUGCGGCGCAUCAAGGAUUUACAGGAUGGCGUUUUGUUGUUGAAGCUCGUCUAUAAACUGAGAAAGGAAGAGCCAGCUAAGUCCUAUUUGGACCAGCAUGUCCAGGAGAGGCUGAAAGUGGUCUCUGACUUCCUGCAAGGUGACUGUAGGUGCAGCACAGAACGGGGAGCUCUCAUCUCCUGGGACAACAUCAGCAAUGGCCUAAACCUGGAGGUGGAGUUAUCCAAGGUGCUUGUGCUCCUGUACUACCAUAGUGUGAUCAACAACCAUGUUGACCUGAACCAACUGGAAUAUAAGUUUGAGGUUGAGCUUGCCUCCAUGCUCCGCUUUGUUUUGGACAAUGAGAAUAGCCUCUACUUGAGUGAGAACUUGGAGAACUAUCUAAGGAAGAAGCCCCUGUUUAGUUUCAACAGUGACAUCUCCAGUACCUCCUCAUCCUCCUUGUUCAACGAUGAGGAGUCCCCGGUUUUCCGGCGCAGAAAGAAGAUCGGUUCAGUUCAGUUUCUGGACCUACAAACUGUUGCGUCCUCGUCUGUCAGUUCUCCCCUGCAGGAUGUGAUGAACACUCCUCAGUUCCAGCUGAAGAAGCUGCAGAGGCAGCUGCGUCAGGAGAGAGACAUGAGGGAUGAGUUGGAGAAAGACCUGACCACCAGCGCCGCCACCCUCACCCAGAGAGAGAGUCAGAUCUGUCAGUUGCAGCACCGUAUUGAGAAGCUGCUGAGGGAACAGGCUGAGCAGGAGCAGGAGCCCCGGGAUGAGCUACAAGAACUGCACAGCAAGAACGAGGGGCUGCGGACUCGUCUCCAUGAGGUGCUGAAGGAGUGCCAAGCGUUAAAGACUAACUCAUCUCAGAUGGAACGGAAGGUGGAUAACCUGACAGAGGAGAAUGGCACCCUUUCUGCCCAGAUGCGUGAAGUGAUUGCUCGGUUGGCGAGUGCUGAGGCUGAGGUGGACAGGCUGACUGAGGCCCAGGACUCUGCUCAGGGGGAGUGGAGCAGCAGACACUGCCACAUUCAGGCUGAACUCAACCAGGCCACUGCUCAGAAGGAGUGUCUGAAUGAACAGAUGCUGAUCCUGCAGAGCAAGAUCUCCUCUCUAGAGGACGAGCUGAGUAAAGCCAAAAUGCAGGAAAAAGGAGAGGUUAUGGGCCCUAUCAUGGAGUGGGAGCAGCUGAAACAGGAGCUGGCUGAUGCCACCCUCAGGCACGCAGAGUGUGAGUGCACUAUUGCCCGUCUGAAGGGGGAGAAGGAGCAGGCUGCCACCCUGCAUGCCCAGGAGAGGACCUCGCUACAGGCAGAGAGCCAGAGACUGCAGGUCCUGGUGACUGAGCUCCAGGAAGCCCUGAGUGCUCUGCGGGCUGACAGAGAGGCUCUGGAGCUGGCCUCCAAGGAGGAGAGGGAGUCCCUGACUGCCCAGCUCCACACCCUGACUGCUGAGGUGGCCAGCCUUACCCAGACUGUACAACAAAGGGAGCAGGAGGUGAAGGCGCUGGGGGAGGAGGUGCAGCAGGAGUGCAUUCAGAGAGGGGAGCUGAACCUGGCUAUGGAGCGGCAGGAGAGGAAGGCCAGAGAGGAGAUCCAGGAGCUGACCAGCCACGUGGACACCAUGGGUGACUCUUUGAGGAGGGCUGAGGAGGAGGUGCAGGUCAGGGAGAAGCAGCUUACCAAGCAGCAGCAGGAGAGUGCUCUACAGAGGGAGGUCCUACAGGAGGAGAUGGCUGCAUCUGAGAAGGUGUUAAAAGAGCUGAAGGAGCAGGAGGAGGCCGUUAGAGAGGAGGCCACUCGACUGCACCAGGAGAUAACUACACAUGCUACGAACCUCUGCAGCCUGAGGCAGGAGCACACUGCUCUGCAGGAACAAUUGGCUAGGCAGCAAGAGGAGAUCUCCCUAGAAAAGGAGGCGCAGUCCGAAGCCCACAGGGAGAAGGAAGCGGUGAGGGAGGAGCUCUCUCGACUCCAGGAGGAGCUGAGGAGCCUGGGGGAACAGAUGGCCCAGCUGGAGGAGGCUCAGAGGGAGAAGGAGUGUCUCCUCCUCCAGUCCACAGAGAACAUAGAGACCCUCCAGACAGAGAGAGCCACUGCCUCGUCCCUCGCUGAAGCCAAAGACCUGGAGCUCAGCAGCCUGAGAGAGGAGGUGAGGGCCAGGGAGGAGCAGCUAGCCAUGCAACAAGAGGAGUACCGCUUACAGCAGGAGGAGCUACGGGAGGAGCUUGCCACUCAGGAGAAUGAAAUCAAUAACAUGAGAGAGCGGCUCGCUGGCCUGAUGGACCAGAUCUCUCUGCUGAAGGAGUUGUGUCAGGAGGGCAAAAACAUGGAGGCCCUGAGAGAAGAGCACACUGCCCAGCUGGAGCAGCUGCGGAUAGUGAAGGAGCAGGUCGAAGAGGUCCAGGAGAGGAAUGAGGAGACCUCGGCAGCUCUCAGGGAGAAGGAGUCGUCUCUCAGGGAGAAGGAGGAGAGCCUCCAGAGGCUGGAGGAGGAGCUACAGUCCACCACCUCUCUGGCCUCCCAGAGACGACAGGAAGAACUGACCUCACUCAAGGAGGAAGUCAUCUCGCAGCAGGAGGAGGUGGAGAGGAGGCGUGCUGCAGAGGCCCUGUCAGUUGAGGAGGCGAGGCAGUUGGCUAGGGAACAGGACUCUAAACGUAUGGAACUGGAGGAGAGCGUGUCAGCCCUACAGCAGCAGCUGGACUCAGCCAUCCAGGACAAUGAUAGGAAGAGACAGAAGUGUGAGAGGCUGGAGCAGGACCUGGAGCACAGAGGAACACUGGUGGAAGAGCUGAGGCAGCAGGAGGAUAGCGCCAGACUGGAGGCCACUCGACUCCGCCAGGAGAUCUCUACACAUGUCAGCCAUCUGGAGGUCGUGCAGAGGGGGAAGGAGGAGCUAGCCAGGCAGCAGGAGGAGCUGAGAGGGGAGGUGUCCCUUCAUCAGCAGAGAGCUUCAGAGCUCCAGCAGUGCCUGGAGGUGCAGGAGGUUGCUAUGAGAGUGUUAAAGGAGCAGACUGAGAGCACCAGAGAGGAGGCCACUGUGAAGAUGGAGGCCAUACAGGCUCAGCUGGAGGUAGUGUCUUCUCUGGCUGCAGCUAAAGGCCUGCAGCUCAGCACUCUGAGAGAGGAGGCCACUACCUUACAGGAGCAGCUAGCUAAGAGAGAGCAGGAGAUCUCCCUUCAGAAGGAGGUGCUGCAGGAGGCCCACAUGGAGAAGGAGUCAGUGGAGGCACUGAGAGCGGAGCUGGCCAGGCAACAGGAGGAGCUGAGAGAGGAGUUAAUCCGCCAGCAGCAGCGAGCUCAGUCCUUAGAACAGAGCCUGGAGGAGCAGCAGGAGGCCCUGAAAGAGCUGACCGUGAAGGAGGAGAGAGCCAGAGAGGAGGCCACUCUGAAGAUGGUGGCCCUCCAAGCAGCUAAGGACUUGGAGCUCAGCACCCUGAGACAGGAGGCUACACAACUCCGCCAGGAGAUCUCCACAUAUGUCAGCCGUCUGGAGGAGGUGCAGAGGGGGAAGGAGGAGCAGGAGGGAAACGCAAGAGAGGAGACAACUGUGAAGAUGGAGGCCCUACAGGCUCAGCUGGAGGUAGUGUUGUCUCUGGCUGCAGCUAAAGACUUGCAGCUCAGCACUCUGAGAGACGAGGCCUCUCUACUCUGCCAGGAGAACGCUAAACGAGUAUCUGAUCUAAAGGACGUGCAGUCAGAGAAGAUUCGGAUGGAGAGCCUGUUGAGCGAGGAGCACAGAGCCUUACAGGAGGAGCUGGCCAAGGAGCAGGAGGAGCUGAGGGGCGAGGUGUCCCUCCACCAGCAGAGAGCUGCAGAGCUCCAGCAGAGCCUGGAGGAGAAGCAGGAGGCCCUUAGAGAGCUGAAGGAGCAGCUUGUCCAGCAGCAGGAGGACAGCUCCCUACAGAAGGUCUUGCAGGAGGCCCAGGCUGCAACUCUCCAGGAGGAGGCGGUAGACGCUCUGAGGGGGGAGGUGACCCUCCACCAGCAGAGAGCUGCAGAGCUCCAGCAGAGCCUGGAGCACCAGGAGGCUGCCUUGCGGGAGCAGGAGGCGAAGAGCACAGAGGAGGCCACUCUGAAGAUGGAGGCCCUCCAAGCAGCUAAAGACCUGCAGCUCAGCACUCUGACAGAGAAGGCCACUACCUUACAGCAGCAGCUAGGUAAGAGGGAGCUGGAGAUCUCCCUUCAGAAGGAGGUGCUGCAGGAGGCCCACAUGGAGAAGGAGUCAGUGGAGGCACUGAGAGAGGAGCUGGCCAGGCAACAGGAGGAGUUAAUCCGCCAGCAGCAGCGAGCUCAGUCCUUAGAACAGAGCCUGGAGGAGCAGCAGGAGGCCCUGAAAGAGCUGACCGUGAAGGAGGAGAGAGCCAGAGAGGAGGCCACUCUGAAGAUUGUGGCCCUCCAAGCAGCUAAGGACUUGGAGCUCAGCACCCUGAGACAGGAGGCUACACAACUCCGCCAGGAGAUCUCCACACAUGUCAGCUGUCUGGAGGAGGUGCAGAGGGGGAAGGAGGAGCAGGAGGGAAACGCAAGAGAGGAGGCCACUGUGAAGAUGGAGGCCCUACAGGCUCAGCUGGAGGUAGUGUUGUCUCUGGCUACAGCUAAAGACCUGCAGCUCAGCACUCUGAGAGACGAGGCCACUGCCUUACAGGAGCAGCUAGCUAAGAGAGAGAAGGAGAUCUCCCUUCAGAAGGAGGUGCUGCAGGAGGCCCACAUGGAGAAGGAGUCAGUGGAGGUACUGAGAGAGGAGCUGGCCAGGCAACAGGAGGAGCUGAGAGAGGAGUUAAUCCGCCAGCAGCAGCGAGCUCAGUCCUUAGAACAGAGCCUGGAGGAGCAGCAGGAGGCCCUGAAAAAGCUGACCGUGAAGGAGGAGAGAGCCAGAGAGGAGGCCACUCUGAAGAUGGUGGCCCUCCAAGCAGCUAAGGACUUGGAGCUCAGCACCCUGAGACAGGAAGUUACACAACUCCGCCAGGAGAUCUCCACAUAUGUCAGCCGUCUGGAGGAGGUGCAGAGGGAGGGCCCCCUGAGAGAGGAGCACACUGCCUUACAGGUGCAGCUGGCCAAGCAGCAGGAGGAAGGGCAGGCAGCAGGCCAGGUGGAGAAGGAGUUGAUGGAGCAGUUCUCUGUGCUCCAGCAAGAGAAGGAGGCUCUGUUAACCCGGGUCCUCCAGGCAGAGCAGAACCAGAGCGAGCUGGAAGGGAGCAUGGCUGAGCUGCGAGCCCAGGCAGAGAGCACAGAAAGUGGCCAGAGACAACAGCUGGAUGCCCUGCUCCUGGAGAAGGAGAGGCUGACUGAGGGUAACCAGGUCCUGGAGAUGAAAUGUAGCGCCGCCCAGAGGCUGGAGGCUGUACUGCAGGAGGAACUGGCCUUGCUGAGAGAACAGAUGGAGGGAACAGAGUGGGAGAAGCAGGUCAGAGAUCUACGGGAACAACUUGCUGCCAACACUGAGGUAGUGGAACACUACAAAACACAGGUUGAGAAGGCCAAGAGCCACUACUCGGGGAAGAAGCAGCAGCUUGUGGAGUCUCAGGAGCAGGUGACGGAGCUGCAGCGCAGCCUAGAGGUCAGAGAGCAUGAGGUCAACGCUGUUACCACAGAGAUGAAGCUGCUGCAGAAGGAGCUGGAGAAGGCCAGGAGCAAAGAGAAGAGCCUCGGCUCCAAGAUCAACACUCUGGAAGCACAGCUUGCGUUUGCUGAUCGUCACCUUCGGGAGCAGAGCCAGGUUCGACCUGAGAGGGGACCAGGCAGGAUCGAGAAGAUGAGAGGGGGUAGAGAGAGUGUCUACCUGAAAGUCCCCCAGAGCCAGACUCACCAGGAGAUCAGUGGCGACAGCCUGGACCUGAGCCUGGACGACUCCCUCAACACAACCACGAGGCCAAUGGAGCCUGACGAGUCCAGUACUCCCCUGGUGCGUAGCUCGGAGCGCGUAGCUGCUAAACGGCGUGCUCUGGGAGGGGACUCACUGGAGACCCUCUACUUCACCCCCAUGAAUAACCGUCAGAUCAACAGGACCAGUACUGAGCGCCGGCUGCAGAGCAGCAUCACAUCUCUGGGAGAGCUGGCUCUGGACUCAGCCAGGAAGAGACCACCCACCUCCUCAGCUAGACGCCGAAGGACCACCCAGGUCAUCAACAUCACCAUGAGCAAGACGACCCCUGGUCGCAGAGGAGCAGGAGAGGAUAGUGACAACGAGACGUUCUACAGCCUGGCCUCCGUCCACUCCCAUCCCAACAUCACCGGAAGAACACACACUGCACGACCUGUCUCCAUGGAGAUCUUCCACACACCCGGAAAACCUGCCGUUGCCUUGAGCGAUCAGCUCCUCAGUCUCCCUGGUUACCGUCGAAGCACCGUCCACGUUGCAGCUCCACAGAGUACGGGCCAGUUCUGUGUAGGGGCAGAGAAUGAGCCUGACCAUGCUGCUGAUGACUGGCUACGCAUCGCUGAGCUGCAGGCCAGAAACCAGUCCUGUCUGCCUCACCUAAAGAGCAGCUAUCCUCUGGAGUCCAGGCCCAGCCUGGGACCGUCCUUUGAGUUCACCGACGAUGACCUGCGCAUGGGCGACCCCACGGAGACCAUCCGUAGAGCCUCUGUGAUGCCCGGACAGAUUCAGGAGUCUCUGUCAUCCCACCGCCUCUCACUCCACCCGGGACCGGCCGACAGCACCACGGCCACCAGGCCAGCCUACGGCUCUCACCGCCUCUCACUGAUGCCCCCCAAACCUAAAGCCAGCAGCACCCUGAACCACCAGAACACGCACAACCUCAGGGGGAGCAACCUGUCACUCAAACGCUCAGCCAAAGACCAGGAACCAGACACACCUGAGGCUAAGAGGAUGGCAACCAGCUGUUUCCCGCGCCCUCUUACCCCUAAAGGAGGUCGUUUCGGCUCAUCCAACAACCGCCAGCCUCUUAGCCCUGCUGAGCGGAGACAGUCCAUGGUGUUCUCCAUUGACAACACGCCUCAUAAGGCAGCUUCCAAGAGCGGCUUCCUACAGAGAGGCAUGAGUAAGAUUCGCAGCUCCACCCGUAAAUCCCCAGGGAACAAAAGCUCCCGUGUCCCGCAGUCCGGAGAUGGGAAGUCUCCCCGCAGUGGAGCCGGGAGUGUGAAGUCCCCUCAGCCGGGAGGGAAGGCACAGAGGAAGUCCCCUCAGCCGGGAGGGAAAGCACAGAGGAAGUCCCCACGGACCAACAGCAGCAAGUCUCCAAAGAACCCUACCAGCGCACGCAAGGAACCUGAAGAGUUGGUUGGAAAGCCCAUUCAUCUGAGCAGAUGAACUUCAGGAGAAAGAUGUGAAUGAACAUCUGAUCGCCCUAAACACUUAACCUAAACACUUUUUUUUACAUAAUCUCCCAAGAACAAUCGUUUUUAUGUGCAAUAAAUACAAGUAUACUUUCACCAGAGGUUAUAUUAUAUUUACUUAGUGCUAUUUUGGGUUUUAAUAAUUUGGUUUCUUUUGAGAUUUAAAAUCUGAAUGUUUUAUUUAAUUUGACCUCCUAAUGAUGUAAUUGUAUUAGUUGUGUUCAAUGGGGUGGUGAGGUAUCCAAUACUGUUAUAGGUCACCUACUGUACGUGUAUACCUGGUACACUGAAUCAUGAUGAUGAAUUACGCUUGGACUUUUUCAUCUCAUCUUCUUUGGCUUUUUAAAGUCCCCCCCCACCCACCCUUUUAGCUUUAAAACCUUUUUGUAUCAUAUAUAUAUAUAUAUAUACACACACACAUGUAUUGUCCUUCAAAUAAAACUUAUAAAACAAUCUAGCAAAUCUUUUGAAAGGUGAAGUUUUGUGAAGGGAAUUCCACCUUUUACCUUAUGGCAGUGCGACUUAAUCCAAAAUAACGGUCUGGAUUUAAUGCUCAGAAAUUCCAUAGAGAAAGAUACAAGUACCACCAGGCCAUAGUCAGCCUACCUACUUCAACCCCCUGCCACUUCAUUCAUUUCACCGACAGAAUCUCUUCCCCGUCACAGGAGACUUGUGAUUUGAGCCUGUUAGUGGAACCGAAAUGGACUGGUGAGAUGAGUGGACCAGUAUCACUGUGUUAGUCCCCUGGAAAACAAGUGUUUGAACGAUUUUACAGUCCGAUGAAUGAGUCCGUGUGUUAUCAUGUUUAAACAAUAAAUGAGUCAUUGGAGCUAUUUCCCUUUGGA